ACAAUUGCGACAUCGCCAUAUCAGUAGACUAACCCGUGUUGGCGCAAUAUUCGUCGUUCCUGACAUGUUCGCGAAGGAUGAAGCCUGGUUAAUGGACGGCUCGGAGCCACUAGGUGACGACGAUAAAAUCACCGAAGGAUGGCGACAUAAUAGACGUUAGGAUAACGGUGAAGUACACCGCUCUAUAUAAGGAAAGGGAGCCGUCUGCGUCCUUUGAGCUGUUGACUUGACUUGGAUCACCAACGAACAUCGGGAUAGCCAUCCAUCAUCCACCAUGCGUUGGUCAAUUCUAUCCGUCCUCUCGGUCAUGGCGUCGGCGGUCGCAGGAGAGAAGCUUCUCUAUCGCAAUACCUUCAACAGCAGCGCCUCCAUCUCGAGCUGGAUCGCCGAAGGCCCUCUCAAUGCGACUGUCUCCAACAACACCCUCGAGCUGCGAGGCGCAGGCAAGCUAGACGACUACUUCGUGUACUGGCUUCCAGAAGUCUUUCCUGACCGCAUCCGCAUCAGCUGGGAAUUCCAACCCAUCCAGGAGCCUGGGCUUGCUAUGUUCUUUUUUGGCGCCACAUCAGUCGCAGGUGGCAGUAUCUUCGACAAGGGCCUCAAACCACGCAAUGGGGCGUAUCCUCAAUACCAUUCUAGCGACAUUCGCUUGCUGCACGCAUCGUAUUUCCGUCGUCGCUGGCCGGAGGAGCGUGUUUUCCAUCUGGCGAACCUGCGCAAGUCCCCCGGCUUCAAUCUCGUUGCCCAAGGUGCUGACCCGCUGCCGGCUGUGGAGGAUGUGAAGGGUGCCUACUACAAAGUUGAAGUGAUCAAGGACAAGCGCAACGUUAGCUUCAAGGUUAACGGGUUGCUGCUAUUUUCCUUCGACGACACCAAUACCAAUACAGGCCCGGUAGUGCGCGACGGUCGCAUCGCCUUCCGACAAAUGCAACCGCUCAUCGCGAGGUAUCGCAAUGUAGAGGUCUGGAAGCUAUAGGAGGUCGAAAUGUACACCUAGGUACCGUGAUAUGCGCGAGCUCAAGACCCCGCACGCGGCGGAGGAGGAUUUCUCCGCCUCCAUAUUACACCCGCCUAUUCUAAUGUCAAACUACACCACAAUGACAUGGUAAAGCACAGAAAUAUUCUCGGUUCUGCUUAGGCGUGGUUGUGGAGGAUGAACGGAUCGACGGGAAGGACUUGACUUGUCGCGUAGUAGCGCACCUCACACGGAACAGUAAUAUACAUGUACCAUCUGCU